GGGAGUUUUAGGUUGAAACUUUUAAAUGCCACUUUGGGUUUUUGUGGGUGGUAAGGUUGAUGAUUGGGGUUUUCCCUUCUUUUUGUUGAAGUAUUUGAGAGAUGUAUCACUCUUGAACUUAUAUUUCCACUCAUCUGAGGGUAAAAUGGUGUGGAAGAUAUCCAUCUUCAUUUCAUCUAAAAAGAAAAGCUCUAUUCUUUGAAGAUAUCUAGCCACUGAUAAGACGAAACUGAGUACAGUUUGAAUGCUGGGAAAUUCUUUGUGCCAAUCUUUUUGAUUUUGAUUUAUACAUUUCUCCAUCUUGAUUGAUCUUAAUCAAGUGUUUUUCGAGCUCAAAAGCUUGAGAUCGUUACAUAGGAUGAAGCAUUGAUUGAAAUUUACACGAGAUGCAUUUGAGAUAAUAAUAAUUUUUUGAAAAGUUUUCCCAUCCAUUCGCAAGCGUGAAAGGUCAACAUAUUGAUGGCAUUUCGAAAUUGAGCAAAAUAAAAAUCUUAAAUCCUGAGUAUAUAUGCUAUUAAUAUCAAGUACAGAGGGAUGGAAAGCAGUGGAAUCAUAUUUGAACCCAUCAAAUUUGAAGAUUCCUAUUCUUGUGAUCCAACCAUUUCUUAAAAUAGAUUUUCUAAGAAAUUUCAUCACAUUUUUAUUCUUUUUGAUAAUUCUUAACCUUUCCACUUGCGUUAGGGCCGGCACAUACUUCACUUCUAAAUCUCCAAACAGCUGUUCUACAAUCUCAUCUUCAUAUUCUUCCAGGCCCAGUACAACUCACUUGAAAUCCUGGCCAUCUCUUUUUCUCUUACUCACUCUUAGUCCAUGCUCAAGCUUAACCUCUUCAUCCUUCACCUCUCUCUCUUCCUUCUCCCUCCCCAACAUCUCCCUAUACCUCCAUUACCCCUAA